AUGCGCCGUAUAGCCUCGAGAGACUCAGAGAGCGACGGAGGUCCACCGAGCCCUGGAUCGUACAUUCUCCCGCUACUGGUCAUCGUUGUCUUGUGUGCGGGCUACGUAUGGUACAGCCGCAGGAAGCGACGAGACGCCAGCUUCGAGCUGAGAGAUGUCUUGAAGUACCGACCGCCAGGAAUGGGUAAUCCCGAUGGCGUCCGUCUGAGUAUUGACGAUAUGCCAUCCAGAGCGGAGUUCCUGACCAAUAACGCAUCUACCGACUCCCUCCCGGACAAUGUCGAGCUCCCCGUCUUCUCCCGCCCUCCAACGCACACCGCCUGGCAAGGCACCUCGAGUGGAGGAAGAGGCCAUCCGUCAUACAACUCAGCAUCGCCCUCGGGCGCCUCUACGCCCUUCAUGGACGAUCCAACACCGGCGCAGGGAAAAGCAGGAAGGAUUCUGGGCUUAGGGGGUGGAAUGAAAAGCGCAGGCGGGGGCUUUGGGCGGAGAUCAAUGCGGAAUAAGGGGCCCGUCGAGGCGGAUAGCAGUAGUGAGGGGGAUGAGUCUGAUGAGGGCGGUGCGCGUGGUGGAGAUGGGGGAGGGGCAGCGGUCUUCGGCAUAGGCGAUGAGGACGAGGAGGAACGGCUUUGA